GAAUAAAGAUUAGGUGGUGAGAAUAUAAAUGAUGUAAACAGAACCGCGUUGUGUGAUUGUUUCAAAGAUUAAAGUGAAAAGCUCUGUAUCUGUUAUUGCCAACUGAGCUCUGCAUCUACGUUUUGAGAAAUCUAUUCGAUCUGAGAUAAGUUGUAGAUAUGUGGAAGGGGCAAAAUUGUUUAUUCUAAACAUAAGCAGAGUGGAAAGCUACACUGAGAUGGAAGAACCUAGUUGGAUGGUUCCAAUUAAAGUUAUGUUCCAUGCCCUCAAUCAUAAAGAAGUUCAAGCAUGUAGCAUUUUCAACGUUCCAGAAGAACUUCGAGAAGCAAACGAAGAUGCUUACAAACCGAAACAUAUCUCCAUAGGACCAUUACAUAAAGGAGCAACAAGACACCUUCAUUUAAUGGAAGAACCCAAAUGGCGUUACAUGCGUGAAUUUCUUGACCGAAAACCAGAAAAAGAUAGAAGUUCAGAGAAUAGGUUAACAGAAUGUGGCGUUGACAUUCUCAAUUUAAAUAAUGUUAUUUGUGCUAGCUAUGGUGGAAGCAAUAACAAUAUAGUCCAAGAAACAAACUCGCAUGAAAUUACUAAAAUAAUGAUAGUAGAUGGUUGUUUUCUGUUGGAGCUUCUCAUGAAGCUUGAUGAUUACAUAAACAACCCUACAACUUAUAACAAGGACUCAAUCCUUGAAACAGAAGAAAAGAUUAUAUCUGUUUUAAAUGAUAUAGCAAUGCUUGAGAAUCAAAUUCCCUUCGUUGUUCUCAAGAGAUUAUUUAGGAAGGUAUUUCGUGAUCCUUGUAGAAUCGAAGAUGAUCAUCGUGUUGCUGAAUAUGUUUGUAAGGCUUUUGGUUACAAAUUUGUGCCUAACACAUUGGUGCGUAGCUCAGGAGUUGCUCAUAUACUUAAUUUGAUGCACUUGAUUACGGUGGAGCAAAGCUCCCAAGAUGAAGGGAAAAAAGCGAAGCUAGAAUUAUUGUGUUGUGCUACACAACUUCGUGCUUCUGGGGUCAUAAUCCAAGGUAAAUCAAAUAGCACAAAUCAAAAUAAACAUAACUUGGUGGAUGUGUUUGAUUUUAAUAUAUGUUUUAAUGAUUGUAAGUUGGAUAUUCCACCACUAUAUAUUAAGGAAACAACUGAAGUGAAGUGGAGGAAUUUGAUUGCUUGGGAGCAAAGCAAAAUUGGGAUUCCAUCCAAAUACACUUCUUAUGCACUUUUUUUCAAUGGUUUAAUAUGUUGUGAACAUGACAUUGAAUUUCUUAAUGAAAAAGGAGUUAUUAUAAAUAAGAUGAACAAGAGUAAUGAAGAUUUGUUGGCACUAUUUCGCACAAUUUCUAAGGGAGCAGAACAGAUGGAUUCGAGUUAUAGUGAGAUUUGUGAAAGGUUGAAUGUCUAUCACUACAAGGGGAAGAAAGUCACAAAAAGGUUGCAAAAAUGGCCUAUACAUGUUUGGCAUCAAUGCAGGCGAAUAUUUGAUAUUAUUGUGUACUAUGGGCGAAAAAGGUACAAUAUUUUGAUACAUGACCAUAUGCCUACUGUGUGGAAAUUCAUAGGAAUUGUUGCAGCUGCUUUGCUCCUUGUUCUUACUAUAAUGCAGACAUAUUACUCAUCCCGCAGUCACUAAGUUGUUUUCUUUACGGCUUGGCUUGGAAUUUUCAUCAAAAUGUUGUAUUUAUUAAUAUUUGAUUCAAAGUGAAAGAAUUGAAAGAUAAGUAGAAUCUUGUUUAUGCUUCAGCUAUAUGAAUAAAAUGUAGCUACUCUUUCCCAGUUA